AUGCCGGCGGUGCAGAGUAAGGAGUUCUGGAAUCCGAUCGGAGCUUAUAGCAUUCCGUUCAACUGCUACGAAGUCGCUCAUCCAUGGAACGUGAAUUGUGCGGAAAGUGCUCUGAAACUCUUCUCACAUUGUUUCGAGGAGUCUCUGAAAAUCUACUCCCCGCUCUACGUUGCCUCAUUCUUGUUCGCGAGAAAGUUCGAUAAAGAACACAUCGUCAAAACAGCUCAGAGUGUUCUGACCUCAUCAGCGUUCCUUUCCAUAAAUGCCGGCGUUUUCCUGGCAAGCUUCUGCAUCAUACGACAUGUCACGGGUCAGUUCAGUCUGCUGUCGACGGCCUAUACGCCCGGUUUCGUUGCAUCGCUCCUGGCAAUUCUGGUUGAAAGACCUGCGCGGAGAAAACAAUUGGCUGUUUACACCUGCAAUAUGGCAUCCGAAGUGAUCUACAAUAUGCUCAAGUUCAGAGGCUGGAUCACUCCCAUACCCCAUUUCGAGAAAGCUCUCUUCGCGGUCAGCGCUGGCGUCUACCUGUGGUUAUGUAAAAAAGGACACACUCAUCCCAAUGAUCCAGUCAGGCGCAUGUUCCAGUUCGUCAUAGGAAAUUCGGAAUUCAAGGACACGCAAGGAGAGGCGGGUUCGGAAGCCGUGACGGAACCCUCGCGAUGUCCCCAUGAGACUUCAUGUACGCGACACUUGCUGCAGGGUUUCGCGCGGCCUUUCGCGAUCGGCUGGCUCAUCAGAGCCGCGUUCUACAUGUUGUCAACUAGGUCUGUCUCGAAGACUCUAAAGUACAAGGGCGCUUACAAAUUCGGGAUGUUCCUCGGUUCGUUCAGUGCGAUCUACAGGGGAGUUAGUUGCUUGCUGCGAGGCCGCACUGAAGCGCCGGCUCUCAGUGCCGGAUUCGCUGGUUGUUUGGCAGGUCUGUCCAUGUUCUUCAGCGGAUCGCCGUCGAUGGCUCUCUACCUUUCUUGGAAAGCGCUUGAAGGAACCUACACAGCGUAUGGAUGUCCCGUGCCGGGGGCCACGGAGCUCUUGUAUUCCAUGUCGACAGCAAUUUUGUUCUACGCAGCAGUAUUCGAGCCCCACAACUUGCGGCCCACGUACUGGAAAUUCAUGAAUAGAAUUUCUUACGACCGAUUCAUAUACGUCAACCGCAAGAUCUUCGAUAUGUAUGGGGUCCAGAGCUCGAAAAUAUUCGGGGAGUUCUGGCCGCACCUCGAGCACGAUCACGUCUCGAAAGAGCUCACGGAGCGAAUUCUAGUCUGGGUUCCCUUCUAA